UAAAGACAAGGAUAAAUUAUCUUUAAGGAUAAAUAUGGCAUGCAAUGUGAUGCAAAGGUAGUUUGUGUUUUGAAGUCAGCAGUUGUUUACAGAAAGGAAGAUAUGGUGUGGCCAAUUCGGUCCAGAAUGAGUUCAAUUCUCCGAACAAAGGCAUCUUUAGUGGGUUCAUACAUCCAUGGGGAUUCAUGCUGGUGCUUACCCUUUUCUGGUCCAACCUUCUCCUAUGUGGUUUCCUACAGAACAAGGCCUUGGCCAAAAUUUAUGAAUCGGGUAAAAACGGAUGGUUCCCGUGUAGCAGCAUCGUUGCCUUCAUUCAAGUAAGUUGGAGUUGGGAAAAACAACCAGAGGUUCCAAAUAAUUGUCUCAGACUCGGUGGAGAAAAUGAAGGUCUUGAUAUAGGGAAUAUGACUGAAACUGAUGGUGACCAGAAUUUAUUUGGUUUGAUGAAAAAGAGGUUUCUGGGUUUCAAGAAACAAAAAUAUAUAAAAGAGUUGGAGCAUUUUCAAGCUCUUGCUGAAGCUCAAUCUCCGAAGUUUAUGGUAAUUGCUUGUGCAGACUCUAGGGUAUGCCCCUCUAACAUAUUAGGAUUCCAACCUGGUGAGGCCUUUAUGAUACGUAACAUUGCCAAUCUUGUACCAGUGAUGAAGAAUGGACCAUCAGAGUGUAAUGCUGCUCUUGAGUUUGCGGUAACUAUUCUUCAGGUUGAGAACAUAUUAAUCAUUGGUCAUAGCCGCUGUGCUGGAAUUGAAACUCUGAUGAGCAUGCAGGAAGAUGUAGAAUCAAGAAACUUCAUUAACAAGUGGGUUGCUAAUGGGAAAGUUGCCAAAUUGAGCACAAAAGCUACCACAGCUCAUCUUUGCUUUAGUCAGCAAUGCAAAUUCUGUGAGAAGGAAUCUGUUAACCAAUCAUUAUUGAACUUGCUCAGUUAUCCUUGGAUAGAAGAUAGAGUGAGAAGAGAGUUGCUUUCUCUUCAUGGAGGAUACUAUAAUUUUUCCAAUUGCUCGUUUGAGAAAUGGACACUUGAUUUUAAAGAAUGCAGUAUUAAAGAAGGUGGAGGCACUUAUGCUCUCAAAGAACAAGAAUUCUGGUGCUGAUUCUGCUGCUUCACCAGCAGGCUUGACACCUGCCAUUCAUGGGGCUGAAGUCAAUUGGUGGCGUAUCAAUCAAUAAAACUUAUGUUAAAUGCUAGUCUCUGCCUGUAAAUGAAUUAAAGGAAUGAAUUAUGCUGAAUACCGUGUCAACUUUGUCAUGAUUGUAAUAGUCAAAUGUUUUUUGGUUGAAUUAAAAAAAAAAAAUCAGCUAAAACCAGUGUUAGACCAAUUCUUUGAUCAUUUGAUAUUUUUUUAUUAUGUAGACCAAAUACCUAACUGAU